CACGCACUCCCUUAGUGUAAUUAAUAAACUCCAACAGAGAUUGAUCUGCACCCUUCUUAUUUUCUUGAGCAAGAAAGUCCCUGGAAGAUCUGCUGACAGAUUAUGCUCCUUCUCAGGGCAAUGAACUGAUCACUUUUAAUAAGGGCGUCAAGGAAAGGCAAAGAAAAGCUUCAUCAUCUGUAGCAGUUCAAGCAAACAUGGAUGAGGGCAGCACUCACACUAAGAAAAUUAUGCAUAGAGAUACCGAAAGGCAGAGAAGGCAAGAAAUGUCGGGCCUGUACGCCUCAAUUCGAUCCCUUCUUCCUCAAGAAUAUACCAAGGGAAAGCGCUGUGCAUCCGAUCACGUGGGUCAGGCGGUGAAUUACGUAAAACAUAUGCAAAAGAAAAUUGAAGAAAUGAAAAUGAGGAGAGACAAGUUGAAAAGGUUGUCUAAUUCAUCAGGCCCGGCUAAUACUUAUGCUGAGGAUCAGAACUCGGAUAUGAUGAGUGGUUCGUCCAAUUGCGUGACCGUGAACGGUUUCCACGGCGCAGUGGAGAUCUUAAUGAGCAGUAGCUUCAACCAGGGAGAUUUCCCACUUUCAAAAGCUAUUGCGCAUUUGCUUGGAAGAGGUCUAACAGAUAAGUCGAUGAUGUCACAAGCGUUGAUCUACCUGUGAUUCGAGAGAGUCUGGUUUACGUGAUUACUACGAUUGCUAAAUAACAUUUGGGAGCUGGAGCGUAUCAAUCAGCAAGAUCCUGAAAUAUCUAUUGCAGCUAAUAUAUUGCUGGGAACUUCCUAUUUCAUGGUAGCCGACAUGCCCGUAAAUGUUAGAUUUUCUUGACUUUUUUUGCAAGAAUUUGAGUUUCGGUCUGAAUUAAGUUCGGGUUAUGAUCAUAAGACUAGUGCAGUUUCGUGAUACUCAUGACAGACAUAAUUGAAUCUCAAUGCUUCUGGGAGAGUAUGAACUCAAGGGAAAUUGCUAAUGGUGGUGACAAGAAAGGAAAAUUUGCAAUUUCAGUAGUAAUUUUGGUCUUGUUGAAUCAAUUAAGGUAUUUGUUCAUGCAAUUCAAAAAAAUGGCAAUUUUGGUCACAAAUUCAAUAAGUUGGCCGGAAAAAUGUAUGUGUUGUGCAUUCCACGCGCCAAUUUAUGAAUUUUCGAUCAUAAUUGUCGUCAAAUUUUUAUUUUGUUUUAAUUGCUGGACUAAAAUGCCACAAUGAUUUCAAAUGACCAAAUUGUUACCUCCUAUAUUUAUUGGUUUAAAAGUUGCAAUU